CGUUUCAUUCGCGCUCGAUGCGUCGUCUACUGUGAUGCGUUAUGUUGCUUUGACGGCCCGUUGUCUAUGGGGAAGUCUCGGUCGUAAUAAAUAGUGGCUUUGCAUUUUAUGAUCAGUGAAUUGAGAGGAAUUAAUAUAUUUCUAUGUAUGAGAGUGUAUAAAACAACUAUUUGAAUAUGGCUUUGGAGGGUGUAAAAAGUGAAAAAAGUGAGGAAAACAACGUCAACGUACCUGACGGCAAGCCGAACGGGAUAGACAACAAAAGUAAACAGAUAGACCCCAACACAGCGUUCCUUCGCGCGGCCCGCGGCGGCCAACUCGACACAGUGGUCGACCUCCUCGACUCCGGAGCUGUCAAAGACAUCAACACAUGUAAUUCGAACGGACUCAAUGCUUUACACUUAGCAGCUAAAGAUGGACACAUUGCAGUUGUGGAAGAACUACAAAAGCGCGGCGCAGUCGUCGACGCUGCCACAAAAAAAGGAAACACAGCACUCCACAUAGCAUGCCUCGCCGGCCAGGAGUCGGUGGUGCGCGCGCUGCUCGCCGCGGGCGCCAAGGCGGACGCGCAGUCCGCGGCCGGCUUCACGCCCCUCUACAUGGCCGCGCAGGAGAACCACGCGGGCUGCGUCAAGAUGCUGCUGGCGGCGGGCGCGAGCCAGACCCUGGCCACUGAGGAUGGCUUCACACCUUUAGCUGUAGCAAUGCAGCAGGGACACGACAGGGUGGUGGCAGAGCUGCUGGAGUCAGACACGAGGGGCAAAGUCAGAUUGCCGGCGUUACAUAUUGCGGCUAAGAAAAACGACGUCAAAGCUGCUACACUUUUACUCGAAAACGAACACAAUCCAGAUGCAUGUUCAAAGUCGGGCUUCACUCCCCUCCACAUUGCAGCGCACUAUGGGAAUGUGGGAGUGGCCAAGGCUUUGCUACAAGCAGGCGCAGAUCCUGGUCGGGCCGCCAAACACAACAUCACUCCUCUACACGUGGCCAGCAAGUGGGGACAGUUGGCCAUGGUCGAUCUAUUGGUGGAAAACGGCGCAAACAUAGCAGCGAUGACCCGCGAUGGCUUGACACCAUUGCACUGCGCGGCGCGCUCCGGCCACAGUAACGUGGUGUCGCGAUUGUUGCAUCACGGAGCACCCAUUGCAAGCAAGACUAAGAAUGGUCUCACCCCUCUCCACAUGUCCGUGCAAGGCGAACACGUGGAGACGGCCAAGGUGCUGCUGACGGAGGGCGCGCCCAUCGAUGACGUCACUGUGGACUACCUCACCGCGCUGCACGUCGCCGCGCAUUGCGGGCACGUCAAGGUAGCAAAACUACUCCUGGACAGAAACGCGGACGCGAACGCGCGCGCACUGAACGGGUUUACACCACUACACAUUGCGUGCAAGAAGAACAGGCUCAAAGUUGUUGAGCUGUUGCUCAAAUAUGGUGCAAGUAAAUCUGCAACUACAGAAUCAGGGCUGACCCCCCUCCACGUGGCGUCGUUUAUGGGUUGUAUGAACAUCGCGCUCGUGCUAGUAGGGGCAGGGGCGGACGCAGACGCCGCUACGGCGCGGGGCGAGACCCCCCUGCAUCUAGCGGCGAGGGCGCAUCAGACGGACCUUGUGCGUGUGUUGUUGAGGAACAAUGCCAAGGUGGAAGCCCGGGCCCGUGAGGAUCAAACCCCCCUGCACGUCGCUGCGCGCCUGGGCCACGGCGACAUCGCGGCGCUGCUGUUGCAGCACGGGGCGCAGAUCGCCGCCACCACCAAAGACAGAUACACGCCGCUACACAUCGCCGCUAAAGAGGGCAAAGAAGAAGUAGCGUCCAUCCUCCUGGACAACAACGCACCCAUAGAAGCAGAGACUCGAAAAGGCUUCUCACCACUCCACCUGUCUGCGAAGUACGGCGACAUCGGCGUGGCGAGACUUCUCCUGGCUCGAGGGGCUCAGCCAGAUGCACCAGGGAAGAGCCAUAUAACGCCUCUACACAUGGCCACUUACUACGGACAUCCCGACAUCGCUUUAUUACUGUUAGACAAAGGUGCAUCACCACACUCGCUGGCGAAGAACGGCCAUUCAGCGCUACACAUCGCAUGUCGGCACAAUCAUCCUGACAUCGCCUUCGCAUUGUUGGAACAUGAUGCGGACCCCAGCGUAAAAUCCAAGGCCGGCUUCACGCCACUGCACAUGGCGGCUCAAGAAGGCCACGAGGAUUGUGUGGAGAUGCUGAUCGAGCGGGGAGCUGAUGUCAAUGUACCCGCCAACAAUGGUCUUACUCCAGUACACCUGGCGGCGGCGGAAGGUCGCACGGCGGUGCUGAAAGCGCUCCUCGCUGCGGGCGGGCGGUGCGGCGUGCGCACUCGCGACGGGUACACGCCUCUGCACGCGGCCGCUCAUCAUGGCCACCACGCCGCCGCCAAGACUCUGCUGGAGGCCGGCGCUGACGUCACUGCUAAAGCUGCUCACGGGUUCACUCCUCUCCACCAGGCCGCCCAGCAAGGUCACACUCUUAUUAUACAGUUGCUGCUGAAAAGCAGUGCUGACCCCAACGCACUGUCUGCAAACGGUCAAACGGCGUGCGCGAUAGCAGACCGCCUGGGCUACAUUAGCGCCGUGGAAGCUCUGAGACCUCUCACUGAGAACACUUUGAGUCAGGCUGUGGGAGAUACUGGUGGUUUAGAAGGCAAAUACAGGGUCGCGGCGCCAGAGCUCAUGCAGGACACCUUCAUGAGCGACUCCGAGGACGAAGGCGGGGAAGUGGAGUGUCCGAUCCAGCAGCAACAGCAGUACCGAUACAUGAACAGCGAGGCGGGCACUCUGAACCGCGCGCGGCCGCUGGAGGACAGCGUCACGGACGGGCACCUCUGGCCGAGCAACAAUGACAGCCGCGUCGCCACCAUCGAGCGACAACCGCUCGACAUCGGUUUCCUGGUCUCGUUCGUAGUGGACGCGCGAGGCGGUGCGAUGAAGGCGAAGCGACGCGGUGGCGUCCGUAUCAUCGUGCCUCCCGCCGCAUGCGCCGCACCAACCAGGGUCACAUGCCGAGCGGCAACACGUCGCGCCCCCGUAGCAGCGCCGCCUCCACUGAUGGAGGGUGAGGCACUGGCGUCAAGAUUGCUGGAAUUACAACCACAGGGAGCUAAAUUUUUGGGGCCCGUGAUCAUCGAAGUACCAAUCUUCACCGCGUCGUGCCCCGAGCGAGAGAUUGUCAUCCUGCGCUCUGACACAGGCGAGACAUGGCAGGAUCAUUACUUGCACAACAACGAUAACCCUAUGAUACAAGAAGCGUUGACGCGUGAAAGGCAAGACCAUGGAAACAGCGGUGAAAGUCUAGGAGAGGCGGGGGAGAGGGUCACUCGCAUCAUCACGUGCGACUUCCCGCACUACCUCGCCGUGGUGUCGCGGGUCAGGCAGGAGGUGCACAUCAUCGGGCCGGAGGGAGGCACUAUAUCCUCUGCGCACAUACCACAGGUCCAAGCGCUGUUCCCGCCACAGGCGCUCACGAAGCGCAUCCGCGUGGGUCUGCAGGCGCACGGCGCGCACGCCGCGCUGAGCCGGCGCGUGCUGCCGCGGCACGCCGCCGUGUCGCCCGUGCUCACGGUGGAGCCGCGCCGCCGGAAGUUCCACCGCAGCAUCACGCUCACCGCGCCCCUGCCGCAUCCCGCUGACCAGAAGAUAAACAGCUACGACAAACAGUCCACCGCCAACCUUCGUCUGCUGUGCUCCAUCAUGGGCGGGCAGGCGCGCGCCGUGUGGGAAGAUGUCACCGGCUCCACGCCGCUCACCAUCACGGACGACUGCGCCUCCUUCACCACCACCGUCUCCGCCAGAUUCUGGCUGAUGAAUUGCCAAAAUGUUGGCGACGCGACCAAACUUGCUACUGAAUUGUACAGAGAAAUGCUUCUGGUACCUUUCGAGGUGCGUAUCGUGGUGUUAGGCAAGAGGCUGGACGCGUUAGAAGGACGACUGCUUGUUCUAUACAUCACCGACAGAUACGCCUACGACACCCUCCUUCAUCAGGAGCACUACACAGAAGUGGCACACUCGACUUCCGUCCGGUUCCUGGACAGCAAGCCGGUGUUCCUGGAGUUCUCCGGCAACCUCGUGCCCGUCACCAAGUCCGGCACGCAGCCCAACUUCAUAUUCGAGGCUUUCAAGGACAACCGCGUUGAGUUCACCGUCCGAGUCAAACAUCACGAGGAAACUCCGUCAGGCCGAAUUUACUUCAUGAAUGAACCUAAGGUGGCCAAAGGAGAACAGUCUCCCAACCCUGCGUGUGUACUGGACGUGUCUCUCCCCGAGCGUAUCGCGCCCAGAACCGCCAAGAGCCAUCUCGACUGUCUCAACUUGGAUCAGUCUGGUUUCGACGCACUCAAAGACGAGUUGAGCUUCCACUGGGGCGAUCACAACCACAGCAUCAACCCACCAGCCAUUCCCGAAGACGAGCCGCUGCAACUCAACGGACAUGAUAAAACUAUCGCUAAUGGCGAUGUCAAGUAUCCCACAAAAGAUACGGAGGAAAAGGAAACAAAGCCCCACGUAAAUGGUGACACCCUGCACGUUGAUUCCAAUAAAACAAAAGCUACUUUUGAUUCCGACGAAGAUAAGACGCCGAUGAACACUUUAGAGAAGGGUAAAAAGAAGUCCGAAGGGGGAUCAUUCCUUGGCGGGCUUGCUGAUAAAGUAAAGAAUGUGUUCAGUCACAGUGACGAUAAAGAUCAUGGCAGCAAAGAGUCUUCUCCUAAACCUCAGCCUAAACCACGCGAAUCUAAAGAAAAGACCCCUCCAAAGCCAGCCCCAAGAAUAAUAAAUGAAGAUAUACUUGAGAAAGUUGAAGAUAUGUUUAAAGAUGUUCGUCAGAAACCACACCUCAAGGAUGACGACGAUAUCAACAAUCAAGUUUACUCCACUAAACUAAUAGUAGACGAGGAAGAUCCGAAAGAUACACGUAUUACAACCGAAGAAGUAUACCACCAGUAUCAACACAUGCAGCCUGUUGACACUCCCUUGCAUUGCAAGACUACCGAUCCAUUCCAGUUUUAUGACGACUGCUGUAAAGGUCUACACAAAAUAGGUGAAAAACAUAGUCAUGAAGAAACAUCUAAUUUAGCGGAUAGAAUAGAACAAGUAAAGUUUGCCGCACACGAAACGAUUGAAGAAAUCAUUGAUGAUACUCAUAAUGCGAUAAAUAAAGCCAAAACUGACAGAGACAACAUCAAGGAUCAAGCCGAUGAAACGCAAGAAAAUUUAAAGGUAAAAUCUGAAAACUUUAAAAAUCAACUUAUCAGUAAAGAGGAAAAAUUAAAAGUAGAUUUAAUUGAUGAUGCAACAAAACUAAACAAUGUGGCCAAUAACAAGUUAGAUGACGUUUCCAAAACUGCAAAACAAGUACAAGAAGACCUUAGUCAAAAAGAAUCUGAUUUGCAUAAUAAAGUCGAUUCAGUUACUACAUAUUCCGUAAACAAUGCUCUGGAUAUUGUACCUACACUUCUUGAUAAAGAAAAGUUGACUGACAAAGUUCACUUAGUUGAUUUUGCUGCGAUAGAAAGAGGUGAACAAAUGAAAAUAAGUGGUCAAAGUAAGUUAUCGCAAUUGGGAAAAACUUUUGAACACACCGUAGAUGAUGUCGACAAUAAGGUACAAAAUACGACCACUUCGAUAUCAAAUAAUAUUCACGGGUCGCUAUUAGACACAGAAAGUCAAAUUAAAAACAUUAAAAACUCAUUAAAUGAGAAAACUAGCGAUGCUAAAGAAAACGUUAACAACAAAAUAAAUAAUGUCAAAAAAGGAACUGAAGAAUCAUUAGAAAAAGCAAAGCUUGCAACUACAGAAACAAUAAAUGAAGUAAAUGAAACUGUCGAUGUCGUUAAAGAAAAAGGAAAGAAAUCUAAGUCAAAAGGUGAUAAAAAAUCAAAAGAGGGAAAGAACUUUUUUACGGGUUUAGUACAUAACAUUUUUGGGGAGAAAGAUAAAAUUGAGGACGAAGUCAAAGGUAAAAUUGCUGACGGUAAAAAGUCUGCAAAGGAAGCAGUCAGACAGGCUUCUGAAACAAAAGACAACGUGGAAGAAAAUAUCGCUAAGGAAAAUGAGAAAAUAAGACAAGAAACAGAAAAGUUUCUGCAAAGCGCAAAAGAAGAAAAAGAUUUUAUUGUUAAAAAUGUCGAAAAUAAAAAAGAAGACAUUAUACAAUCUGCAAAUGAAAAGUCAGGAGAAAUCAUCAAUGAUAUACAGAGAAAAAAAGAUGAAUUGAUAGAAAGUGGUCAAGACAAAACAGAAGCAUUUGUCAGAGAUGUAGAAAAUAAAAGAGAUGAAUUAUUACAAAGUGCCCAAGAUACCAAACAAAAAGCUGCCGAACUUGUGCAAGAUAAAACAGAAAAGAUCAUCAAAGAUGCUGAAAACAAAAAAGAUCAAUUAGUACAAAGUGCAAGUCAUGAAACUGAAAAUAUUAUUACAAGUUUACAAAAUAAUAAAGAUGAAUUAGUACAAAAUGCUCAAGAUGCUUCCGAAAACGCAGUCAAUUAUGUCAAAGAUAAAAAAGACGAUUUCAUACAGAACACAAAGCAAACUGUUCACUUUGCUGAAGAAAAGACAGCUGAAUUGUUAGAAAACACUAAAAAGAAGAAGGAUAGUAUUUUAAAUGACGCACAAGAUAAAAAAGAAGAAUUAUUGGAAAGUACACAAAAAAUUGGUAAUAAUAUGCUAGACAAAAAAGAUGAGCUAGUUCAUGCCGCCGAAGAUACCACUGAAAGUGCCAUUAAUAAUUUGACAAAUAAAAAGAAUGAGUUGAUAAGCAAUUUGCAAGACAAAUCUAAAAAUGCUGUCGAAGCUGUAGAGAACAAAACAGAUGACCUUGUACAACAAGCAGAAAAUAAACGGGAAGAAAUUAUUGAAAAUGUUGGAAAUAAAGCUGGUAAAAUAGUUAAAGAUGUUCAAGAUAAAAAAGAUAAAGUUUCACAAAGCGUACAAGAUACUCAGAAACAGAUGGAGGACUUUUUGUAUAAUGAAAAAAAUGAAUUCGAAACAGCUUUUCAUAAUAAAGUCGACCAGGCAGAUAAAGCCCUUAAAAAAUCGAAAGAGGGAGUAGAAACUGCAAUUUUAGAUAAAAAAGAUAAAUUAAUUAAUGCUAAAAAUUCGGUACAGUUUGAAGCUGAAGAUAGAUUAAACCAAAUAAGGCAAGAAGCGGAACUAGCUACAGAUAGUAUCAAAAAGACUGCUGAAGAAACUAUAAAUGCUGCAGUUGAAAAUAAAUCUAAAUUAGAAUCCAAAAUAGCAAACAAAUUAAGCGACGUCAACGAUUCCGGUAAAGAAGAAUUAGAGAGGGUACAAAAUUUUGCAAGCGAGAAAGGCAACAAAUUACAGAAGUCGGCAAAGGAAUCGUUAAUUCACGUUCAGGAUUCAGCCUCCAGUGCUUUUGACCAGUUCGAAAGUGCCGCGACGGACAAAAUGAACGACGCUAAAGAUACAUAUGAAGAUUUGCAAAGCUCCGCUCGCGAUACAUUUGCUGAUUUCCGAGAUGACGUUCAAGGAGUAGAAAGCUCUGCUCAAGAUACUCUGCACAGUUUUCAAAGUUCAGCGGGUAACACGUUCGACAGUCUAGACGAAUCAGUGCGGGAAUUUGUCGGCGGUGCACAAAACACUGCGUCAAAAUCUGAGGAUAGUGCUAAAGAAUUGUUCGGAAACGCGCAGGACACAUUCGAGGGCUUCCAAAUAGCGGCUGGCAACAAACUGGAAGACAUCAAAGGCUCCGCUAAAGACAGGUUGCAGGAGGCUGACGAAAGGUUGGAAAUAACAAAAGAAAAUGUUAAAGAGGGCGUGAGAGAAACUGAAGAGGCUGUGGCUGAUACACUCGCAAAUGAGGCGGAUAAGUUCACGAGCAGUCUUAACGAUUUGGGGAAUUCAGUCUUCGGAACAUCCGGGAAAGGAUUCAUGAAAGAUUCGAGCACGAAACUGCUUGAAUCAGAAAAAUCACAGUCCUCACCACACAAGAAGAGUUCGGGUUUUUUCUCCAAACUUCGCCGCAAUCCAUGAAAACUGACGAUGACUUCGAGCCCCGUGUUCAUGGACCUGAUAUUAUAUCUAGACUUAAAAGUUCUACUAACUUUAUGAUUUAGCUCUGCAUAGUUUAGGGAGUAAAUAAAAUGCAAGAUAUAUUGUUGUCUUUAGGCUAGCCGCACACAUAAUGAUAUUGUCAUCAUUAUUCCGACCUCUCGCAAUACUGCACGGCUAUUCUCUAACGAUGUUUUUAGCUCGCGACUCUAAUUCACCGCUAUCUUUCUUAUUCUAUAGUAUCGUGUUAAACAGAGAGAUAUAUAGGUGAAUUCGAAACUUGCACUUGCGAGUUAUUUUAUAUCGUUACAGAAUGGCUAGCUAGCUGAUAUAUAUUGGCAGGUGUCUACAGAUCCUAAAUAGGUAUAGGACGCAGCGCAUCAAACGGAUUUUUAAAAUUUUACGUUAUAUAAAAUCCGUUCGAUGCGGAUAUAAUAGUAAAAUCCGUUUGAUGUGAUGCGUCCAUUGACCUCUUAUAAUAAGUAGGGGAUCAAUGGAUGCGUGUGAUACAUAUGAUGCGGAUCUGUGGACUGUCAUAUCAAAAUGAUCGGCAAUAUGAAAUUCAUAUAGACAAUAUUAUUAUGUGAAUGGGGGAACCUUACACCAAACGAUCUAAGUUCAUAAGAUUACGUAUUUGUAAUUCCUAAAUAGUAUAUAAAUAAUAAAAAAAUAUAUUAUUAAUAAGUGGGUAUUUGAACAUACCCUCGUUUAAAAAAGAUAUAAAAUGACUUAGUCGCAAUAGUCAACCUACGAGCCUCUUGUAUCUCUCGUAGGAGAUUCUUUGCAGAACAAUAAUAGACAUUAAAAAAAAUAGAACUAUAGAACAUGCUCUCAACCAACAUCAAAUACACUUAGUAAAGUUAUUUUGUAUUGGAGUUAUAUCCACAAAAUAUGAAAAUUUCGAUUGUUUGGUGUAAAGCUUGAUCAGAAAAAUAAACUUCGUCAUUGGCCAAGGAACUUGGCAAAGUCUCUCAGUCAAGACAAGGGUUAGAAGAACAUUACUGGGACCACAAAAUCCCCUUGUAUUACCCGGGGGUAAGGAUGCCUCGAGGCACUUAACCGGCAGAAGGUGACCCACACGCUUACAUUAGCAUACUAAGUAAUAAGUACAGAUGGCUAAUAAUUCUCAGAGUUCUUAUAUUUCUGGUCAGGCUACAAAACGGUCAAAAGCCGUACAAGGUGUUCUGUAAUGUAAUCUUUGCAUAAUAUAUUAUAAUAUUUAGAACAUAUUAGUGAGAGUGAGACAUGAGAUGAGACAAAUGCUAUUCGGCUGUACACAAUUAUCACUGCGUAUAUUCUUAUUCGCAAACGUUGAAGGAAUAACAUCGUGAGGAAUUUUCUUAAUUCUGUACGUGUGUGAAGUUCUAAGAGGAGACCCGUGCUCAACAGUGAGCCGAAUGAAGGUUGUUAAUGAUGAUGAUAUUCUUCUGAAAGUAUUGCUGUUCUUUUCUUUAGAGAACGUCUUGAAAAGGACAUCACUACUUUGUGUACCGUCGAACUAUAGUCUGGCAAGUUCGUUGAUGACACUCCCAUGAUAUGCGGGCGACGGGGGGAAAGACCGUGCGUGUGAAAUCUUGCGGAAGUGAGGUGCAUCAGUCGUGGGUUUUUCAUUCAUCGCUACACGCCCCGCGCGGACCAUAGGAAGUGUUACGAACGAAGUUGCCAAGCUAUACCAUUAAGAGAUGUACAUGUAUGUACCUGAAUGUAUUCGGUUCUUGCAUCGUAUAUCGAUUUAUAAGUCCAUUAGAUUUAUGACAAAGGUUUGUUUGAUUAGAGACGUGGUAGUAUACCAACUAGAAUGGUCCCAUUUAAUAUGUGAAGUCCAAAUCGUUACUUAGUACCUUUAAAGUUAAAACUCUAGUGCUAUUCAUAAACAUGGAUUAGGAUUCAGAACUAAAACUUCAAAGUAAAGUGAACUUAAAGUAGUAGUAAUUAGGUUUACUUUACUUUGAGAUUUGAGGUUUAAAUCUCUAUCCAUGUUUAUGAAUAUGGAGGUAGCUUUUCAAAUAACAAAUGUGUAAUGACAGUUAGAAUCAAAAGUCAGCAGAUUUAAAUUAAAUACGAAUAAAUUGUAGACAUCAUGUGUGUUUCUAAGGAAACCUAUAGAGUAACUGAACUGGAAGCAGGUUUUACGGCUGAAUAAAAAAAACAUUUUGAACCGUAAAAUAUAUACAUUAUUUAUUAUAUAAAUAGAUGAAAUACACACAUAGAUGUAUACAGCCGAACAUAGAACCUCCUCCUUUUUGGAAGUCGGUUAAAAAGUGACUUCUGCGCUUACCCCGCCCUCCAAUGACGCUCAGAAAUCGUCGAGUGUCCUGUAGUUAAAUUGGCGACAUUUCCAUAAUUGGGUACCUGUUUAUAUACUGUGAAUGAAUGGAUGAUGUUAAAAUUUAGAAAAGUAUAGUCGGACGCAAUUUUUAUGACGUCUACGCAGGUCAAACAUAAAGUCCCACGUGAUGCUGGUUGAUGCCCCGCCGCCGAACCCAACGUAACCGAUGAUACCUAAAAUCUUGUAUUGCGCACGAUGUUCUGGUACGUCAUAAAGAAUGCAUCCGAAUAUACAGCAUAAAGUAAGAAAGCUAUAUGAUUGUAGUUGAUACUGGUUUUGCCCACCUAGAUAUGUGGCCUAAAGAGCCUUUUUUACUAAUUUUUGUAUAAUAUUUUCAUGUAAUCCAUCAAAAAAUAUAUUAUAAAUAAAUCAUAAUUUGUUUUAUGAGGUGCUUUAAGGUAUAUGGCAUUGAAUACCUAAAAGGUUAAUUUAAUUGGGCGAUAUCUUUAUAAACAAUUUGGUUAUUACCUCUAAAUGUUCGAAUAUUUGGUAAAAUUAUAAAAUGUAAUUUGAAAUAAGAUUGAUUCAAACAAAAACAUCAUGUCUUUACAUUAAGUAGUUUAAAAUCAACUUUUCGAAAAAAAAUGUUGUUUUUUGCACUCUUGUGAUGUUUUGUAUUGUAUUUCGGUGUAAUAAUAUUUAUGUUAUGAAUUAUUAUAAUUAAAUUCUAAAAGUUACACUUACUUAAAAGUCCUUUGAUAUUUUUCAAAUUGUUAAUUAUGUAAUUGAAAAUUAAAGUUUUUAAAUAUAGUUCUAAACUAUAUACUUUAAUCUAUAAUAUUUAUUACUAAGUAUUUAUAUUAUGGAUAUAAAAAAAUAUAAAAGCCCACAAAAAGUUCUGAAUGUACUGUGAUGCCAAAAUAUAAUGAAAGAUUUUAUGUAUAAAGUUUAACUUUUUGUUAAUUUAUUAUUAAAGUCUAUUGUCACCUUAUUUAUUGCUUUUAGUAAUAAAUUUUAUCGCAAA